UGGUAAAGUGGUACCCGCUGCGCUGUCCGUUCUUCUCGACCCAUCUCCAUAGCUCUCUACCUUUCUCAUGACGAGAGGAGACGAGAUGAGAUGAUCAACCGACUUGACCAGUAACCUCCAUUGCCCUUUUCUCAAGCUCUCCAUAAACAUCACCUCUACCCCAUUUUGUUUAUUUAUAUAGUUUCAUCCCGGAGCCCGUUCUUCCUCGUCGCAAAGGCAAGGCAGCUCUAUAAUUAAUCUUAGUUCUCAAAAGCAAAGCGAUACCUUUCCUGUGCUCUGUUUCUCCCGUGCUCUGUUCUUUCUUCCUCCGUUCUCUUUAGCUCAGACUCCCGCUACUCCCGCUUCCUUCAUUAAUGGCGUCCAAAACCGAAGGAAAGGCCAUAGGGAUCGACCUGGGCACGACCUACAGCUGCGUCGGUGUGUGGCAGAAUGACCGAGUGGAGAUCAUCGCCAACGACCAGGGAAACAGGACAACUCCAUCCUAUGUCGCCUUCACCGACACUGAGAGGCUGAUCGGUGAUGCUGCCAAGAACCAGGUGGCGAUGAACCCCCAGAACACAGUCUUCGACGCUAAACGUCUUAUCGGGCGACGGUUCUCUGACCCCUCGGUCCAGGACGACAUGAGGCACUGGCCUUUCAGGGUGGUCGCUGGCCCUGGGGACAAGCCCAUGAUCGUCGUCACUUACAAAGGCGAACAGAAACAUUUUUCUCCCGAGGAGAUCUCAUCCAUGGUGCUUACCAAGAUGAAGGAGAUUGCCGAGGCCUACCUGGGCCAAACAAUCAAGAAUGCGGUCGUCACUGUCCCAGCCUACUUUAACGACUCGCAGAGACAGGCCACCAAGGAUGCUGGGGCCAUCGCCGGCCUCAAUGUGCUCCGCAUCAUCAAUGAGCCCACUGCUGCAGCAAUAGCCUAUGGCCUCGACAAGAAGGCAUCCAGGACGGGCGAGAAGAACGUCCUCAUCUUCGACCUUGGUGGCGGGACCUUUGAUGUCUCCCUUUUAACCAUUGAGGAGGGGAUCUUCGAGGUCAAGGCUACCGCCGGAGACACUCAUUUGGGAGGUGAGGAUUUCGACAACAGGUUGGUGAAUCACUUCGUGCAAGAAUUCAAGAGGAAGCACAAGAAAGAUAUCAGCGGGAAUGCCCGGGCCCUGAGGAGGCUGAGGACCGCCUGUGAGAGGGCCAAGAGGACUCUCUCCUCUACCACCCAGACCACAAUUGAGAUCGACUCCCUCUACGAAGGGGUUGACUUCUAUGCUACAAUCACGAGGGCGAGGUUUGAGGAGUUGAACAUGGACCUGUUCAGGAAAUGCAUGGAGCCGGUUGAGAAGUGCCUGAGGGACGCAAAGAUCGACAAGAGCCAGGUUCAUGAUGUGGUUCUCGUGGGCGGAUCAACUCGUAUCCCGAAGGUGCAGCAGCUGCUGCUGGACUUCUUCAACGGGAAGGAGCUCUGCAAGAGUAUCAACCCCGACGAAGCGGUGGCUUAUGGAGCAGCUGUUCAGGCCGCAAUAUUGAGCGGGGAAGGUGAUCAGAAAGUCCAAGAUUUGCUCCUCCUUGAUGUGACCCCACUGAGCCUCGGGAUCGAGACGGCUGGUGGUGUCAUGACUGUCCUCAUCCCGAGGAACACGACCAUCCCGACCAAGAAGGAGCAGGUGUUCUCUACUUACUUGGACAAUCAGACGAGCGUGUUGAUCCAAGUAUACGAAGGUGAAAGGGCAAGGACCAAGGAUAAUAAUCUUCUCGGGACCUUCGAGUUGAAGGGCAUUCCGCCUGCUCCUCGAGGUGUCCCGCAGAUCAAUGUGUGCUUCGACAUUGAUGCAAACGGUAUCCUGAAUGUGUCGGCAGAGGAUAAGACCGCAGGGGUGAAGAACCAGAUCACGAUCACGAACGAUAAGGGCAGGCUAAGCAAGGAAGAUAUUGAGAGGAUGGUGCAGGAGGCGGAGAGGUACAAGGCUGAGGAUGAGCAAGUGAAGAAGAAGGUGGAAGCGAAGAAUGCCUUGGAGAAUUACGCGUAUAACAUGAGGAACACCGUGAAGGACGAGAAGAUUGGAGGGAAGCUGAGCCCCAGCGAUAAGGAGAGCAUCGAGAAGGCGGUCAAUGAGACCAUUGAGUGGCUUGAUAGGAACCAGUUGGCUGAGGUGGACGAGUUCGAGGACAAGCAGAAGGAGCUGGAAGGAAUCUGUAAUCCAAUUAUUGCCAAGAUUUAUCAGGGUGGUGCCGGAGAUAUGCCAAUGGGCAGUGGUUCCGGUGCUCAGGCUGGUGGUGGUGCCAGUGCUGGUGCGGGACCUAAGAUUGAAGAGGUUGACUGAGGCACCUGAGACUCAAAGGGGAGGCGGACUUGGCUUCUUUUCCCUUUUUGAGUCCUAAUGGGAAACUAUAUAUUAUGCGGUAAUAAAGUAAUCUUAGGAAUGCUUUGAUGUAUUUUUGCAUAUUCGAGCUUUGCUUUCUUGAAAGUGAAUUGGACGGUUUCGUUUUCCUUGUGAUGAUAUUUUAAUUAAAUAAAAUAGAAUAGUUGUUACAUUA